UUGCAUUUGCAGUUUCAUAUGGCGGUCCAUUGACUGACGCAGAUUCGGCCAAAUCGUUUCGAGCUUUCCAAGAUCUCAGGAUCUUUGGUUCGGCGAAUUAUGAAAAAUUCUCGUUAACUAAAUUUCAGUAACGAUCAAAUAUCAAAUCUUCAGCUUGAAUAGAAAAAAAUGUCCAGCAAGCGUCAAUGCAUUUCACUCCACGUCGGUCAAGCCGGCGUACAGCUCGGAGCGGCCUGCUGGCAACUUUAUUGUGUGGAGCACGAAAUCUCUCCGGAUGGUCAAAUAGCAACAAACAGUCUAUCACCGAAAGAUGAGAAUCUAAAUGCCUUCUUCCAUCAACCCGGAAAUGGAAAGUACAUUCCAAGAGCGAUGAUGAUCGACCUGGAACCCUCGGUGAUAGGACAAUUUCAAAAUUCCGCGUACCGCGAUCUCUUCCACCCAGAGCAGAUGAUCUGCGGGAAAGAAGACGCAGCCAACAAUUAUGCCCGUGGCCGUCACACAGUAGGGAAGCAGCUUCUGUCGACAGUAUCAGAAAGGUUAAGAAUCCUUUCUGAAAACUGUGACGGUCUUAUGGGAUUUUUGAUUUUUCAUUCUGUGGGCGGUGGUACCGGUUCGGGAUUCAAUGCUCUGUUGAUGGAAGAGUUAUGCAAUUCCUUUGGGAAAAAAAGCAAAUUACAAAUGACAAUCUAUCCCUCACCAAUGAUCAGUACGGCCGUUGUUGAGCCCUACAACGCUAUUUUAACGAGUCACUCUACAAUGUACGAGACUGACUGUUCUUUCAUGGUGGAUAACGAGGCACUAUAUGACAUAUGCCGACGUAAAUUAGACGUGGAUCGAUUGACCUAUAUUCAUUUAAAUAGACUAAUAAGUCAAGUGGUAUCCUCGAUAACAGCUAGUCUUAGAUUCGAUGGACCAUUGAACGUAGAUCUCUCAGAGUUUCAAACGAACCUGGUUCCUUUUCCGCGAAUACAUUUCCCUCUGUCGACAUACGCUCCCGUAGCAACUGCCAGCAAUGCAGACCAUAACACAAUGUCAGUGGCAGAAUUGACAACGGAAUGCUUUGAACCUCGCAAUCAGUUGGUUACCUGCGAUCCUCGUCGAGGAAAGUACAUGGCCUGUUGUCUCUUGUAUCGCGGAGACGUUGUACCAAAAGAUGUUAACUACGCCAUCGCCUCCAUCAAGCAAAAACAUGGAGUGGAGUUUGUUGACUGGUCUCCUACGGGAUUCAAGAUUGGUAUUAAUUAUCAACCGCCAAUUGUAAUACCUGGCAACGGUCAGGCCAGAGUUCAAAGAGCUGUUGCUAUGUUGAGCAACACCACUGCCAUUGCUGAAGCCUGGUCCAGGCUGAAUAGACAAUUUGGAUUAAUGUAUAAAAAGCGAGCCUUCCUUCACUGGUACUUGGGCGAAGGUAUGGAAAUAGAUGAAUUCCGUGAAGCAAGGGUAGAUCUUGCUGUAUUGGAGAUGGAUUAUGCUGAAAUAUCCAAAGACACUGUCUAUUGUGUAUACUUAUUUCUUGUAUGUGUUUACGAGAAACUCUCAAAAAUAAAGGCGACACAAUUAUUAACGGAAGGGAUACGGUAUAUGUGAUUUUCAAUGAUCGUAAAGAGAGAUUUCCGAAUUAUUGCCAGA